CCUCCCUUCCGCUAGUUGGUCCCUCCCAUUACCCUCACUGUGCUGUGUUUGGGCGAUUCCAUGUGAAUAGGCGGAGGGUUGGAAUACACAAGCGCGGCGAAUUCUAUUGGGCCACUGCGGGGUUGCGACUGAAAGAAAUGCCGAGGCUGUAAGGCCUAAGACCGUCCUUAAACUGCUACUGACGCCUUCAGUGUUUUCACACACGUCUCCCAGUAGGAGUCCGAGGCUUUGCGGCCUAGCCCAAGUCAACCCGUCAGACAGCCUGAACUCGUCGGCUCAGCACCGGGAAAGGCCGGGGCCCGGCGGCCUGUGCCCGGAAUCUGAUUCUCGAGGGCCUUCCGGCUCGGAACCCCCUCCCUCCGCCAUGGCCAAGAACUACGACUCGGUGGAAUUCCCUUACUGUGAUGAGGUCUCCAAGUACGAGCGGCUCGCCAAGAUCGGCCAGGGCACCUUCGGGGAAGUGUUCAAGGCCAAACAUCGACAGACGGGGAAGAAAGUGGCACUUAAAAAAGUUCUGAUGGAAAACGAGAAGGAAGGGUUUCCUAUCACGGCUCUGCGAGAGAUAAAAAUCCUGCAGCUGCUGAAACACGAGAACGUAGUUAACCUCAUAGAGAUCUGUCGGACAAAAAACUCUCUUGCCCACCUAGUUUCUCCCACAGCCAACCAGUACAAUAGAUGCAAAGGAACUAUUUUCCUGGUGUUCGACUUUUGUGAGCAUGAUCUAGCAGGCUUGCUGAGCAAUGCUCAUGUCAAGUUCACGCUCUCCGAGAUCAAGAAGGUAAUGCAAAUGCUGCUCAACGGCCUCUACUACAUUCACCGGAACAAGAUCCUGCACAGAGACAUGAAGGCAGCAAACGUACUGAUCACCAGGGACGGAGUGUUGAAACUUGCAGACUUUGGGCUUGCCAGAGCAUUCAGCCUUGCCAAGAACAGCCAGCCAAACAAGUACACCAAUCGCGUGGUUACGCUCUGGUAUCGGCCCCCUGAGCUACUCCUAGGAGAGCGUGAUUAUGGUCCUCCCAUUGAUUUGUGGGGAGCAGGGUGCAUCAUGGCUGAGAUGUGGACCAGAAGCCCCAUUAUGCAGGGGAAUACGGAGCAGCAUCAGCUAACACUCAUCAGCCAAUUAUGCGGUUCCAUCACACCAGAGGUCUGGCCAAAUGUGGACAAAUAUGAGUUGUACCAGAAGCUGGAACUGCCCAAAGGCCAGAAAAGAAAGGUGAAGGAAAGGUUAAAGGCUUAUGUGAAAGAUCUCUAUGCACUGGACCUUAUAGACAAGCUGUUGGUUUUGGACCCGGCUCAGAGAAUCGACAGUGAUGACGCCCUGAAUCAUGAUUUCUUCUGGUCUGACCCGAUGCCUUCUGAUCUGAAGAACAUGCUCUCUACUCACAAUCAGUCCAUGUUUGAAUACUUGGCACCUCCUAGGAGAAGAGGCGGGCACAUGCCCCAACAGCCAGCCAAUCAGGCACGGAAUCCUGCUGCCACAAACCAAUCAGAAUUUGACAGAGUCUUUUAAAGACAUUCUUUAUUAUUUAUUGGGAGGAAAAAAAAGACUUUUUUUAAAAAUAUAUAUAUAUUUUUUUUAAUUCCUUUGUAAGUAAGCCUGUAUAGUAUGGGGAAUAAGGACUAGCUGCAUACUUUUGUUAGCAUAAUGAUAUUCAGAAGCGUGGCAUUCGUGAAACAAAACUUUUAACUGUGAUACUUAAUCUAAAACUCUUGCUACCAUGCUGAUACACACUGGUCAGUGAAUCGAAAGUUUUCCGAACAGCUUUCUGUGCUGCUGUACCUAUGUACUUGAUAGGGAAUGUAAAUAAAGUUUUAUGUUCUCCUAUUA